AUGAGUGCCCCUGAAGACACCACUGUUACUGCACAACUUGCUCCCGAUAAUCAUUUCCAGCAAAAUGUGCAACCAUCAGGAGCGUCCACUUUUUCGCUUGCUCCAGCAACAUCAGCGCCAGGAACAACGCCAUCUCCAACAGCGUCAGUAACAGCAGCAACAGCAGCGGUUACGAAUGCUGCCUCGCCUUCAGUUACCACGCUGAGUGUUGCUGUAGCAGCCAACGGAAGCGGUGCUUGCUCAUCAGUCACCUCUCCCGCCAACAACGGAAGCAAUAGCGGCCACAACAGCAACAGUGAAUGUCCCAUAAACAAAGAACCCACUGCCUCCUACAGCAUUAACAAUACUGCAGCUCCUGAUGGAAGCAAUAACAAUGGAGCCAGUGUCCAGGGCGAUGCUACCGAUGCUACAAGCAGUUGUGAUUCAGAAAAGGUAGCAGCAGACGAUUCCAGCUCCCUCGUGGUCGGCUGUUCUAGCUCUGAUAAUGCUGUUGUUGGUGCCGCCACGUCAGACAGUGGAACAUCAAUAGAACCCAGCUCGUCUGGUAGGGCAUCAACACCUAUUACGACGUUCUCUCCGAUCUCUGCGGCAUCCAUAGUUGGGGAUACCACGGCGGCGAAGCCAUUAACAGUGUCCGCAAGUACAUCGUCGGUGGUUAGUGCUAAUGCCGCCCCAGCGGUAACAAACGGAGGUGGAGGAAGCAGUACUGAUCGCGUACUAAUGCCACCUGGUAGUACAAGCACAAUUCGCGGUCGCGAAGUGGCUGACAAACACUCACUGGAAUACCACUGCCGAAUGCUCGAGGAGGAGUUGCACUCGGUGAAGGAGUCCGAAGCAAAAAUCAAACAACAGUAUAGCGAGUCUCAACGUCGGGAGCGCAUUUUGGCUCGCCGGCUUGCGGUUAAAGAGCAGGAAAUGCAAGACUAUGCGGGUCAAAUUGCUGAACUUAAAUCUGCACAAGCGCCUGGUCCAGCAGCACUGCGAUCGGCUUUACUGGAUCCUGCUGUUAAUAUACUCUUUCAGAAGCUCAAAGCGGAGCUCCAAGCUACUAAGGCAAAGUUAGAAGAGACACAAAACGAGCUAUCGGCGUGGAAAUUUACGCCAGAUUCGAAUACCGGCAAGCGAUUGAUGGCCAAGUGUCGUCUGUUGUACCAAGAGAAUGAGGAGCUGGGCAAAAUGACAUCGAACGGACGGUUAGCGAAGCUCGAGAGCGAACUUGCUUUGCAGAAGAGCUACAAUGAGGAGGUGAAGAAAUCCCAGCUAGAGUUGGAUGAUUUUCUUCAAGAAUUGGAUGAGGAUGUUGAGGGCAUGCAGGGCACGAUUGUGUUUCUUCAACAGGAGCUAAAACAAACAAAGGACUCGCGGGACGAGCUGGAAAAGGAGCUUGUUCAACUUCGCACAUACAUGACCGCCAACCUCGGACCUUUCUCCAGCAGCGCCACCAAUCCUACGAGUGGUAGCACACCCACGGAUGAGCGCAACUCGACAAUGAUGCUUCUGAUGGAAGCGCAGGACAGCAAUAGCAACAGCAACAGUCACAGUCACGGUGCCUACCACCACCCAGAGGGCGGUGGUCCCGACAGCAUCGGUGGUGAUGGUGGUGGCGGAGACGACGGUAGUGGAGUUGGUGAUAUAGGAGCCGGUAUUACCCCGAUCUAUUUAGUGAAUGGUGGCGGCACCGUCAGCAGUGUUGCCAGCAGCAGACUGGUGAAUAAAAGUUCAAGUAGUGAUGAUCAAGAUAUGAUGGUGUACAGCAAUCGGACGCACUGUGGUGGCGUAGUUACGAAUAGCGUUGAGUUACGAACUACACCGACAACCGGGGGCGGCGUAUUGUCAGCACUGGCUCCAUCAGCAGUGCCACCAACAUCUGCCUCUGACCAGACCGUCAUCAACAGCAGCAGUAGCAGCAGCAGUAACACGACAGCAGUGAAUGGUACGUCCAUUGCAGUUGCAGCAGUAGGUCGUGGUGGUGAAUCGUUAGUUAAUGAACUUAAAGAUCCGUUGCUACUCAGUUCGGAUGGUGAUGGCAACAGUAGCGCCCAAAGCGGUAGAACUAGCGACGGCAAUAUUGGUAGCAAUAGUGGUGGCAACGACUUUGUCACCAGCGGUAACAGUGUGAAUAGUACGAGCAGCAACAGCGCUGCGGUAAAGCAGCACCAACAACAGCAGCAACAACAACAACAACCGAGAUCAAACAAUAACGGUGGACGAAACGGUGGACGAACAACAGUGGCUGCUAGGAAGCGCAAUUAUAACGAUACCGAGGUUGAUUCGGUAGACCCCCUGCAAACCGAUGGCAGUGCUAGUGUCGUAGUUGGUGUUGUUGGUGAAGCAUUCGGAAACGAAAGUGUUGAUGGUGGUGUGCUAGUGGGGGAUGGUAGUGUUGCAGAUGUUAGUGCUAGUGCUGGUGUUCUUGGGGUUGCGAAUGGGAAGCUGUUGAAUGCUACGGACGGUUCACUCCUGCCCGAUCAGCAGGAUGUCGAAACGAACAGCAACAAACGCAUGACACGGUCGGGUAAGGGCAAAGCAGUGUCUUCAUCUUCGAUGUCGACCACGGCGUCCAGUAUACAGUCCUCUUCGUCGACGUCUGUCAACGCUUCAAACGUUUUAAUGACGAGUGCCGCGAAAAAGCUCCGGAGAGGUUCCGUCGCUCCAGAUGAUGAAAAAGACCCAUUGGGCGAAACUCUGCUACCACAACAGCAGACGCAGCAACAACAAUCGCAGCAACCACAUCUUCACCAUUCGCAGCAAACGAUAUCGUCGACCAACGGGUCGAAUUAAGCACCAAGGCAAACCCCGGGCAAU